AUGAAAGCAGCGAAAAAAGCAGUCAAGCCGCGAGAUCGGAUCAAGUUCUGGAAUAUUGCCGUUGGCGAUACAGUGCGUGUCAUUACAGGUCCUCAACGCGGUACGACAGGGCGCGUGAUUGAACUACACAAAGAACGCAAUAAAAUUACCGUGGGUGGUGUCAAUAUUAUCAAGAAGACACUACCGCUCUUUCUGUCGAGUGAGAGCGGUUUGGAAACACAAAAGUUUGAGUAUGCUGCGCCGAUACAUUACUCUAAUGUCCAACUGGUGGGUGAUAUUCCAGUCACCUUGGGUGCGAAGGAGACUCGGAGUGUCGUGGUCAAGCGGGUAUUACGUGGCAAGACGUUCUUCAACAAGGACAAAAAAAUGCUGACCUGGCGGCGGUGGAUUCCCGGUGAGAACUUGUUUCUGCCAUGGCCAAAGAGAGAGCAGGAUGAAGUGAGUGGACCGAUGGAUACGACAGAAGCUGAGGUAUCAGCGAAUACCUAUCUCGAGACAUUAUACGCGAGCCCUGUACCUACCGGCCUGGAAGAUGAGCUGCGCAACAAGUACUCAAGAUUCACAAGAGAGAAGCGAGAGCGGGCUGCAUUGUCAGAAGUACCAGUUGCAGAGGUGGAGGGUAUCGAAGAGGAUGUCGCAGCGCCGAAACGGUAUGUGCCAAAGAAUCGCGAUCCUCUCAAGGGAUUGUCACCGGCUGCCAUUGAUACACUUGCACAGUCCAUGAAGCGUCUGUAA